CUCUUCUCUCUAGACUCUCGUUCCCUCCCUCUCUCUCUGAGACAUGGUGGCCUCGUCCUCAUCGUUGUCUGAGUACUCCUCGGACUCGUCCUCGUCGUCUUCGUCUUCCUCCUCGUCGUCUUCCUCGGAUUCUUACUCUUCCUCCUCUCUUCUUGCUUCGCCAGCUGUUGCUCUGCUUCGUACUCCCUCAGUCUCUCUCCUCUCUCUCCUCUCUCUCGAGGCUGUAUAUUAUUUUGCUUAUUCGCAAAGACGCCCUUAUACAUUAGAUAGUCAUAAUCCAUCCACAGCAUUUGAUGUCGGCUGGCUGAUCUACCUCUCGAUCUGCUCUCCUCUGCACUGCACUGCUCUGCUCGACUCUAUUCGACUCCACUGCGUUCACACCCGCUUGUUCGAUCUGCACCGAGAGAGAGGGAAGAGUCGAGCUUCUGCAAGGGAGGGUACAACGAGGGGUUUGGGAAACCCUAGCUCUCUUUUAGCAACCUCCAAUUGUCCUCUGCUUCUCUCUCUAGCGUUCAUCAACAUCAUCAGAGAAUUGGAGGCUGCACAGAAGGUGUUUGAUGAAAGUUGUGUGAGAGAUUUGGUUUCUUGGAAUUCUUUGAUUAAUGGGUAUGUCCGAUGUGGGUUGGCAUGCGAGGCGUUGAGGAUUUAUCGGGAAAUGGAGGUGGAAGGAGUGAUGCCGGAUGAAGUUACAAUGAUUGGGGUGGUUUCUUCGUGUGCUCAACUUGAAGAUUUGAGUAUCGGGAGACAAUUUCAUUGGUUGAUUGAAGAAAAUGGACUAAGUUUGACCAUUCCUCUUGCUAAUGUGCUUGAAAAUGUGAUCUUUCAUAUUUCCAUUUUUUUUUCAAUUUUGGAGGGAAAAAAAAAAAAAAAAAAAAAACCGAAAAAAAACCGAAACCGAAUCGAAAAAAACCGAACCGAAAAAAAACCGAACCGAGAAAAACCGAAAAAAAAAAUGAACCGAACCGAACCGAACCGAAAUUUCGGUUCAGUUUCGGUUUUAAGAAAAAACCGAACCAAAAUAAACCGAACCCAGCCCUAUUCUUAGGGCCUUGGAGAAACGGUGUCGUCGAACUAUUCAUCAGAGUAACAGGACCAAACCUGUUAUUUUGAUAGCGUGCAGUGACGUGGAUGUCACUCAACUCAAAGUAGAUUAUUUUGUUAGGGUUUGAGAGGGUUAUGUUUAGGGUGAGGUUGUAGGAGAUAGUAUGGUUGACUUUGGUGCAAUUGAAUUGGUUAAGGUAAGCGCCGCCGAUGGAGAAUUCAGGGACUUUGUACGACUCCGAAUGCCUUCUGCUCAUUACAGAGCAAACAUAGCAGCAAACAACAAGAACAGAAAUAGCAGCACGCCACCCCCGGUACUCUUGAUGUCUGGGCUUUCAGUUUCAGACAUGGCUAAGAAAUUGUGUUAGUGAAUAGAAGAAAGGUUGCAAAGUUCUAGGGUUUAGGGUUUGUAGGCUACGUACAUUCCCUAGGGUUUAUGUUGAAGAAAAACCUACUUAAUUACAAAAUGUAAAUUUAUUAACAUUUAUGAUGCUUAGGGGAGAAGAAAGAAAUCAAAUCUAUUUAACUUCAUGUCAAAUCUAAAAUUGCCGUAAUUGUUAACAUUAUUAUUCUACUAAAUGAUAUGAUCAAGGUAUAAACCCAGUUUAUUCAGUGGAGGAGCCAAGAUUUUAAAUAAUGGAUCAUG